UAAUUUCCGACCAACUAAAUCACAGACAAGACCAUCACACACACAGCAGAAGCAGAUGAGUAGCUCAUCAGAAAGCUUCUGAAUUUCAGUCCUCAAGAACAAAUUCGAAUCCAAAACCCCAUUUAAAUGGCAUAUUCCGUGGGUUCUUCCACACCCAUUUGCUCCUUCAAUCCCUCGAGCAAGCCCACGUCUGUGCCUCAUAAGGCUUUUCGGAUAAAUGAGGCGUUCCAAAGCACAAACCCCAUUAGGCUUUUGCCUUGUGCUGCCAAGGCUUCAGAUGGUGCAGAUAGUAACCAAACCAGAAAAAACAAAAGCAUACUUUGUUCUGACUGCAAUGGAAAUGGUGCUGUUCUAUGUUCUCAGUGUAAAGGAACAGGAGUUAAUUCAGUGGAUCAUUUCAAUGGACAGUUCAAAGCUGGUAGCACAUGCUGGCUCUGCAGUGGCAAAAAGGACAUCCUGUGUGGGGGCUGUAAUGGAGCUGGUUUUAUGGGUGGGUUUAUGAGUACAGCUGACAGUUAGUUCUUGGUACAGAAAAACAUACUAAAUUCAGUAAUUUUGUAUAAAUGGGUCACAUAAUUUCCUAGUAAUUUGUAAAUGAAAUUUACGAUAA